UCCUUUCUCCACCCACAUCACUAGCUCCCGUCAGGACAAUGCCUGGGUCUAUCGAGAAGGAAGACGAGUCUAUGCGCGAGACGGCCAAGGUGGACUCUCCGAGUCCGGGCGAUCUCUAUGAGCGGGAUGGCAAAGAGGAGAGACGAAUAUUCCGUAAGAUGGACAUGCAUCUUUUGCCAUUCGUCUCGCUGCUUUACCUGCUCUCGUUCUUGGAUCGGUCGAAUGUUGGGAACGCGAAGAUUGCCGGCAUGGCUACAGACCUGAAAUUGGUGGGCCUGCGUUAUAAUAUCAUUGCCGCUGUGUUCUUUCUUCCCUACUGUUUCGUAGAGAUCCCAUCGAAUAUCCUCUUGAAACUUACGAGACCUUCUCGAUGGAUCCCUUCGAUCAUGCUUGCUUGGGGACUUGUGAUGACUCUGAUGUGCCUCGUCAACAGUUAUCACGGUCUAAUAAUAGCCCGGAUAUUCCUUGGAUUGGCCGAGGGAGGUCUUUUCCCCGGUGUGACGUUCUACAUCUCGCUCUGGUACCCUAGGCGCAAACAGGCCAAACGCAUUGCUAUCUUCUUCUCGGCUGCAACGAUCGCUGGAGCAUUCGGUGGCAUCCUCGCGUUUGGCAUUGAGAAGAUGGAGGGCAUUGGGGGCCUGCAUGGAUGGCAGUGGAUUUUCUGCUUGGAAGGACUUCUGACCGUCAUCAUCGCGGCCUUAGCCUUCUUCUUCAUGCACGAUUAUCCGGAGACCGCGACCUUCCUGACCGACUCCGAGCGCCGCCACAUCGUGGCAUUACUUGCGGAGGACUCCAAGAACCUCGCCAAAGGCUAUUCUCACAAGUACUUCUGGCAGGCCAUCAAGGAUUACAAGUCAUGGAUGCAGAUCGUCGUUUAUAUGGGCGUCCUCAUCCCAGUCUACGCCGUCGCUCUCUUCACACCCUCAAUUAUCGCCGGCCUCGGCUACGCAGCGGCUCGUGCCCAGUUACUCUCCAUCCCACCAUUCGUAUGUGGAUGUCUGAUGACUAUUGUCGUGGGCAUAUACUCCGAUAAGUUGAACUUGAGGGGUCCGUUCAUUAUGGGCGGGGCAUUCGUGAGUCUUGUCGGGUAUAUCGUCUGUUAUACGACGACGAGUCCUGGAGCGGGGUACGUCGGUGCUAUCAUCGCGUGCUUAGGAGUGUACCCGACGAUUGCUGUUAACCUGGCUUGGGCGGGGGGCAAUGCGGGUGGCGAUGCUAAGAGGGGAGUGGUCAUCGCUAUGGUCAUUGGUAUCGGAAACCUCGGAGGAAUCUGCUCGUCUUUCAUAUACUACGACUCCCCACGAUUCCACCACGGACAUGGCACCAUGAUGGGCUGGCUCGGUCUCACAAUUAUCUCGACCGCGGUCCUUAUGUGGAGAUACAGCGUCAUCAAUGCCGAGAAGGAGGCCCUCUGCAAGCGGGAGGGCAUCGAUGACAGUAGAGAGGAAGAGUUCAGGGAGCUGGGCGAUGAGAGCCCUUUGUUCAGGUACACUAUCUGAGACUUUUUGGUGCUGGUCUUGAUGAUGGCGGGGAUCCCCAGACUAAAUUAUGUUGCAACCUACCAAAACCCUGCCGUUGU